UAAAGAAUACAGCUGAAUCUUUGUCACUACCUCAACACGAAUUAAUAAUGGAUGUCCGCAGGAGAUGGAACAGUGCCUAUGAUAUGAUCUCACGAUUUCUUGAAAUGCAGGUAGCAAUAUUUGCUACCUUGAAAUCAAAGGAGUUAGGAAAAGAAAGAGAAUCUGAAUUGAAGUCUUUCCAUGAUGAUGACUUUUCUGUGGCAGAGGAGGUGAUCCAGCUGUUAAAGCCAUUUAAGGACAAAACAACACUCUUGUGUUCAGAAAAAUCCCCCACUAUUUCCAUUAUCUUGCCACUUCACAAUAAACUUCUGGACAAGCUUUGUGAACAAAAUGCUGAUACUCCCACUGUCCGCAGUAUGAAAAAUAUUAUGUUUAAAGACUUAAAGGAAAGAUUUGCUCGCAUUGAACACACUCUACACAUUGUUUCUGCACUGGAUCCGCGAUUCAAAAUGCUUCCAUUUUCAUCAGGAAAUGAGAGAUCAGCAGUGUACUCUGAUAUUGUUUUAGAAGUCUUUAGAGUACAGAAUAUUAUCAAAGUGAAAAGAGAGAAAGAAAACAAAGAUGCUGAAUUAGAUGAUGUUGAAGUCCCGAGUGAGCCACCUCUGCCCUCACUAUCUUCACUUUCAGAUUCUCCGGCUGUUAGUUCUGUCAAAAUGAGAGUCAAAGCAGAUGUUUCCUCUACUAGUUGUGGUGAUUGUAUGGAAUCUGUACUCCACAGUUUUUUAGAUGAUGUGUACAUUACCGAAAUUGAGCCUCCAAAAUCACCAAAUGUGAUUGCUGAGCAGCAGGUGAAUGAAUACAGAAGUGCACAAGCAAUACCUCUUCAGGAAAAUCCUCUUUCUUGGUGGAAAGAAAAUGAAUUUAAAUUCCCACUUGUUUCUAAACUUGCUAGAGCUUACUUAUGUAUACCUGCAACAAGUGUCCCUUCCGAAAGAGUUUUUUCUACUGCUGGAGAAAUACUUAGCGCACAGAGGGCACGUCUAAAGCCGAAGCAUUGCAAGUCUCUGAAAGAAUCAGGCAAAGUAGGUUUGAAAGUGAAUCAUGAGGGUUCUCAGAAUUUGAUGAUUUUCAACACAUAG